GUCAAACAGUUUCUUGGAAGACUCCAGAAACUCUUCCUCUCUCUAUAUAUAGAGGAAGAGAUUGCAUGUAUGUAGUCUUCACGCACUUCUUAAUUGAAUAUUCGAAACCACACCUUUGAGCUAUUCGAGGUCUGGCCUCUCACACAGACAUCUCUUUCUGCCGGCGGCGCUGAACGAUGUGAAAGGCAUCCAUGAUUUGGUUAAGCGCUCGAGACUCGUGAAUAACCAUAGCAGUGCUACUGCUUUCCGGCGUUGCCUUUAGACUGUAUCGUUUCUCCAGCGCUGAGACGUCUGUGAAGGCGUCUUUGAUGGACACAAGGGCCUCUCCGACAGCGCCACCGAUUUGAGGCCACUUCUCGCGAAGCGCGGGGAGCUCGUACCCGUUGUUCUGAGCUUUCACAAUUUCACCCCAGAUAUUAAGGCGCUGGUUGAGGAGGGACAUUUGCGUGAGCGAGACUUCUAGGUCUCUGCUGUGAUUGCGUGCUAAGGUGAUACAGUCGAGGUAGUCGACGCAGGUCGUGAAGAGGCUUGCGAGGCCAAUCCCGCCGAUUGUUAGACCUGCUAUUUCGGCCAUAUCUUAUAUUCAGUCAAAGUGUGAAGUGUAGGAAUUUUUUUGAUAGAGUGUAUAGUGGUCAGCAGUGCCAGGUUGUAGAAGAUAACAGACGCAAGUAUCCUUAGACGCCAUUAUGCAGCCCCCAAACCCCGCAUACAGUACUGUAUAAGAUAGGUCGUUAGCUAGAUCGUAUCGACCUGAUCAACGGAUGACCUACAACAAUCGUAACUGUACAAUUGUUAGCUUGGAAACUAACUUUGGAAACGCGACUAUAGCAGCGAAGCGAAGAGAAGAAAUGUACGGACGAGAGCCGCAGCUAAGCGGGCGUCAAUCCUCGGGUAGCAAUGAAUACUACGGCAAUCACAUCCUCGGCGGACAAGUACAUAUAGGAAACGCGAAUUAUACACAUACGGGAGUCGAGAAUCAUUACUACAGCGGUUCGUCCUUCGUAAUGCAAACAGAGGACUACUACAAAACUAAUCAAUUGCCUAGGUAUAGAAGACCCGCUUAGCCUUCUACCGAACGCUGCCGACGCGCCUUUUAACUCAGUCGAACACCAAAAUGAACUCCUCUGCCUUCCUAACACUCGAGCUAACCUGCUACAAGAGAUAUACGACUGGGCUAAUAGACAAGAUGAGCGGUAUAUAUUCUGGCUUAAUGGUUUGGCUAGCACGGGGAAAUCGACCAUUGCGCGUACUAUUGCCCGGAGAUACUUUGAGAAAGAGCGCCUUGGGGCUAGCUUCUUCUUCUCGAGAGGUAGCGGAGAUGUGGGCCAUGCUAGCAAGUUCUUUACAAGCAUUGCCGUGCAGCUUGCAAAUCAUAUACCGUCUCUUCGACAAUACAUUAAUAAUACGAUUUCUAAGCGUAAAGAUAUUGCUGGUCAGUCCUUCCGCGAUCAAUAG